GGACAUUGUUCGCUGUGAGCAUACUGUUUAGAAGCUAGCAUAACUAAGAUGCACAGAACUGACUAAGCACCACAACCUGACAUAACUAAGCCAACUAUCCAACUAGUUAACCAACUAACCAACCUUGGUAAUAAAUACGCCAAUCGCCUUACUAACCCCAGACGGACGAGUGACCAGGUUGGCCGCAAUAGUCGAUAGACUGCCGACCCAUCAUCUAUCCAUCCAUACUACCUAGCUUCCUCUUCCUCUUCCUCUUCCUUACUACUCACCAAUCCCUCCUACCUCUUCCAAUCCACCAAAACCGCCAAGAUGCGUCUCCCAAUCCUCUCCGCCGUCCUCACUCUCGCCCUCACAACGCUCACCUCCGCCGCGGAGCUCGGCAUCGAAGUCACCAACCCCGUGGAAUGCACCCGCCAGACCAAGAACGGAGACACCGUGCAGAUGCACUACCGGGGAACUUUGGCCUCGGAUGGAUCGGAGUUCGACGCCAGUUACAAGCGCGGUACGCCGCUGAAGUUUAAGCUGGGAACCGGACGGGUGAUUAAGGGAUGGGACCAGGGCCUGCUUGACAUGUGCAUUGGGGAGAAGCGUACGUUGACGAUCCCUCCUGAGCUGGGGUAUGGGGACCGGGGCGUGGGGCCGAUUCCUGGGGGUGCGACGUUGGUCUUUGAGACGGAGUUGGUGGGCAUUGAUGGGGUGGAUAAGGAUGAGUUGUAAAUGAAUAGGACAAAGCAUCAUGGGAUAGAGAAUUGAAUGGGUGUGCUUGGUUGGAUGAAUAUACGAGGAUGAUGUCCCCAUGGACACUGGGUGGAUGGAUGGAUGGAUGGGUGCGUGCGCGCCUCAUGCUUGAAAUGAAUUACAUUUCUUAUCUAUUUAUAUUAUCUGAUUGGUCAGGUAUAUACUAUCUCUAAGGGUAUCAUGUAAGUAGGUUACAUUGGCUGGCAGUCAGCAGUGGCAAAGCCGCCAGACCAAGAAUGAAAAGCCGGGAAG